UCUCUUAACUAUCUGACCAUCUCUUCCACGUAAUCACAUACAGUCACCUCUCCGGCAAAGUUGGCUACAAAUCUCGUCUUAAGACCCCUUCAGUCCGAUGACUAUAACCGAGGAUUCCUGGAUCUGUUGUCUCAGUUGACAAAAGUCGGAACAAUCGAUGAAAACAAAUUUCAAGAGCGUUUCCAUCAAAUGAAAAGUAAUGGCAAUUAUUACAUAACAGUUGUCGAAGAUGUGGACACAUCUCGUGUGAUCUGUUCCGCCACUUUGUUCACUGAAUACAAGUUCAUCCACAGCGCGGCGAUGAGAGGUCGUAUCGAAGACGUUGUGGUGGACAGUGAAUAUCGCGGCCAACGUUUGGGUCAUUUGAUUAUCGAAACACUCAAACUGAUGGCUCAGUCUCUGGACUGCUAUAAACUGACCCUCGAUUGCAGGGAUGAGAUGAUUGAGUGG